UUUUAUUCAGUUAAAUUGUCAUCAAAGCACAAUUAAUAAGACAUAGCCUAAUGAAUCUCCUUUAUCAAUUCAUUUUCAGUACAAAUAAUGACGACGGCCUGACUCAAAAUAAAAUCUACCUGCGGAGGUAAGAAUUAAAUCCUUGAUUCAUUUGACAGCAAAAUAUCCCCUCUGCGCCCUCAACACUUGGUCAUGCCAGUCGGGGUCGGGGAUGUGUGGCCUUUUCCCACGCACCCCCCGCCUCCCCUCUUCCGCCCUUCUUGUGCCUCUGCCAAAAUAUGUGAAACGCAAUCCUAGCCCUGGUCACGGAGAGCAGUUAUUUUAAAACUUCAAACUCAGCCACCUCGAGACGACCAUGCGUAAUGACGCUAAGAUCCACGAACUCAACAUACGGAUCUCCGCUUUAAUUUGGGAACAAAACUAAAAUGAUCAUCCGCCUCCUCGCUAGGAGUUCACGUUCGAUCCACGUUCGUUAGUUUGUUGUCCUUUCUCCGCUAGCGCGUCUCCAAUGUCUCUCCCGGUAGUUCUCCCCGGAUCGUGUUGCCCUGUAAACAGGGUUCCGCUGGCCUCUCAGUUGGCAGACCCGACGUUCAGGAGCCGGCCGCCCCACUGCAUAUCUGCCUCUCGCAUGCCUGGUUCUCAGUCGAGGCUGCUCCCAGCGCUGCUCCCCGGCCGCCCGCUUCUCUCCCUCGGAUUACUGCAACUGGUUCUCGGCUGCUCCAUGGUCGCGCUCUCCUUCGGAGCUCUCUCCCUAAGUAGCUCUCCACCCAUCCGAAACUCAUGCCCUUUCUGGGCUGGGUCUUCAGUGAUUCUGUCAGGGAUCGUUGGCCUCACAACAUGGAGGAGACCCAUGCUGCUGCUGGUGAAUCUGUUUGUGUUGCUGUCGGUGGUGUGCGUUCUCCUCAACCUAGCUGGCUUCAUCCUCUGCUGCCAGGGGGCUCAGCUGGUCUCCACCAUGACUAACUGCCAACUGAGCGAGGCGGGAGACGUGUGUAACUGUUGUCCUCAGAUCCCCACUGCCAAGUGUCCUGAGGAGAAACUACUCAGACUCUACCCUGGACACUCCUGUAGCACCGUGAGGGUCCUGCUCAAGAAGGUUAUGUUUGCUCUGUGUGUCCUGAAUGCUCUGACCACUGCAGUAUGUCUGGUGGCUGCUGCUCUGCGAUACCUACAGAUCUUCACCACACGACGGCCAUGUAUGGAUGACCCCAGGCCAAUCACAGAGGAAGGGGAGCAGCCAACUAUUGUCCCUGACCCAGAUGAGUUUGUUCCCCCUGCCCCUCCCCCCUCCUACUUCUCAACCUUCUACUCCUACACACCCCGCCUGGCUCGCAGGAUGUUUGGGGACAGUGUGAUACCUCUGCCUCCUGUCUAUGCAGCCAGGAUUAAAGGAGUGGAGGUGUUCUGUCCUCUUGACCCUCCCCCUCCAUACGAGGCCGUUACAGGAGGCUCUGCCCUCGCCACCGCAACACAGGAGACAGAGAUUCAGGUUGCCAUGACAGAUCUGACUGAUUUGACGGAGGAGUUGAGUGACCGCUCGGAGGAGGGUACUUCUGUUAGAGAUGCUGGUCCCCAGACGACGAUUGUUCCAGUGCCCCCGUCUCCCCAAUCAUACCCAUCUCCCCAAUCUCCACCCUCACCCCCCCUGCGCCAGGCCAGACCUCCCCAGGACCAGGGCGCUCCAGUGCCCCCCAUUAGGAGGUCUCAGCGCCAGAGGCUUAGACGCUCUAACAGUGACCCUGUACUACUGGACCUGGCUGCCAAAGUGUUAAGCUGUGAAGCGGCCACGCAGACCACCGAGGCUUCCACCCAGACUUCCCAGUCCGCCCAGUCCGCCCAGUCCUCCCGGCCCCAGACGGUGACUCUCCGGCGGGGUGUUAGAGGCCCGCGGCGGCCCCGGCCCUCCUCCAUGGUGGACCACCAGAGCUACAGAUACACCCAGCAGCUGGUCAGACGGUUUCUAGAGCAGCCGGCCCACUGCAGCCUGACCCCUGAGGUCCAGGAGCUGGUGGACAGCAUCCGUUGCGUGCUGCGCUCAGACCAGGAACACAUGGAUGAGGCCAUCCGCAGUGCCAGCUUCAUAGAACAGGUGAUCACGGUAUCAGAGACACCAGCUGGAGACCUGCCCCAGCCCCUGUCCCUCCCCAGGGCCCGGUCCAGACCCCAUGCCCCCAUGCUGGACUGUUCCUCCCUGACCCUCCCCCAGCCCCUCCGGAAGAGGCCCGGCCUGCUGCACCUGCGGAGCUGUGGGGACCUCAGCACCUUCACCUGGGCAGAGCAGAAACCACUAGAGGCCAGGCAGGGUGGUGGGUCUGGCUCCAAGUCCUGGUCUAGAGCGGGUUCUAGAGUAGGUUCUAGGUCGACGUCACGGGCGGGCUCACGCCUGGAUCAUCACGAACGCCCCCACAGUCUCAUAGGGGUGUUCAGGGAAACUGUGCUCUGAUGGAACCUUCUUCCCAUCCCAACACUCCCUUAGCACAGACUGAUGGUACGGUCCACUGGGGGAAACACCCCGUUGACUCCAAGGGAAAUGCGUCCCCUAGUGGCGAGGCUUGGGACUGCCACUGCUAAACCUAGUGGUCCCACAGACUGCAAGUACUAGCCUUUAGAAAGGCUGUGUGUGUGUGUGUGUGUGUGUUUGUGUGUGUAUGUGUUUUUUGAUUUGUGCUGCGCUAAUACUGUUGAAGUGUCUGUACAGUGUGUUGUCUGUACAGUGUGUUGUUUGCAUUGUGAAAGAGGUGACCUGGGAAUCAAAGGUUUCAAAAUGGUUUCAAAAUAUUUCCAUUAACAAUUCUUUGUUACAAGCUACAAGUUAUAAAAUGAUUGGCACUACAUAUGGCUAGACAGCACUGAACACUACAUGCAUGUGAGAGUCUAUGGCGGCAGGUAGCUUAGUGGGUAAGAGUGUUGUGCCAGUAACCGAAAGGUCGCUGGUUCUAAUCCCUGAGCC